GAAAAAUUUUCGUGACCAAGACUAUGCUUCUUGUUUAAGGAAAAAACAGUCAUCAUCUUGGGCAUUGAAGUGUGUAAAAAUUGGAGUGGAUUAUUUUAAAACUGGUCGUCACGUAGAAGCAAUGAAUGAAUAUAACAAAGCUUUGGAAAUAGAUGCCAAAAAUGUUGAGGCUUUGGUAGCUAGAGGAGCACUAUAUGCUACAAAAGGAAGUUUGAACAAAGCAAUAGACGAUUUUGAAGUUUCCCUAGAAAACUGCCCAACACAUAGAAAUGCAAAAAAGUACCUUUGCCAAACAUUAGUGGAAAGAGGUGGCCAACUAGAGGAAGAGGAUAAAUUCUUGAAUGCAGAGAGUUAUUACACCAAAGCGCUUAGUAUAGACAACACCUUUACAGAAGCUGAAGAGGCCUUGGUUAAAGUGCGCCAGCACAUGCAGAAAUCUUUGGAAAAAAGGGAGAAACAAGAAGAAAGAGAAGUACAGGCUAAAGAAAAGAAAAUAGAAACAAGUGCAGAAAAAUUGCGUAAACUGCUUAAAGAAGAAAAAAGGUAUUUUUUCUAACACUUUUUUUUAUUUUUUAUAUCGCUGUUUGUGUGUG